GUGCGGCGGCGGCGCCGGGGGAUGCUCGUGCUGGGCCCGGCCUCUCCCUCCUCAACUUAGGGCGGCGGCGGGCCCGCGCCCCUGGCUCCCGGGCCAUGGCUCUGAGGGAACUCAAAGUGUGUCUGUUGGGGGAUACAGGUGUAGGUAAAUCGAGCAUCGUAUGGCGCUUUGUGGAAGACAGUUUCGAUCCCAACAUCAACCCGACAAUAGGGGCAUCUUUUAUGACCAAGACUGUCCAGUACCAAAAUGAGCUACAUAAAUUCCUAAUCUGGGAUACAGCUGGACAAGAACGAUUUCGUGCCUUAGCACCAAUGUACUAUCGAGGGUCGGCUGCAGCUAUAAUUGUUUAUGAUAUCACAAAAGAAGAGACAUUUUCAACAUUAAAGAAUUGGGUGAAAGAGCUUGGACAGCAUGGCCCACCUAAUAUUGUAGUUGCCAUUGCAGGAAAUAAGUGUGAUCUUGUCGAUGUCAGGGAAGUCAUGGAAAGAGAUGCUAAGGACUACGCUGACUCCAUCCAUGCAAUUUUUGUAGAGACCAGCGCAAAAAACGCGAUAAACAUAAAUGAACUCUUUAUAGAAAUUAGUCGAAGAAUUCCGUCCACUGAUGCCAACCCACCAUCUGGCGGGAAGGGCUUCAAACUCCGAAGACAGCCUUCAGAGCCCAGACGGAGCUGCUGCUGACUGAGCCUCAGCCCCUCAGACUGGAUGAUGACCCUCCCAUCCGCCCAGUCGCUUUCGGCCGAUGCCCAGGAGCCUCUGGAGCACAUUCACGCUGUGGGAAGCGCAGAGCGCGCAGCUUACAGUCUGCAGAGAUCUUCUGCCUUCCCUCCCCGCACCCUCCACAUCCCAUCUGGAAAUCAUGAUAAAGAUUACGCACUUUGACAAGCCUGACUAGCCCUUGCUAGCUUUGGGGUAAGAGAUUAAGCUCCAAGCUCAAGUCAUUUACCUGGUCUUGGUAAUAAGUUUCUUUUAGCUUUUAUAGCGACCUCAGACCAACUGUUUUAAGAGAGCUUUCCUUGUUAACAAUUUAGCUUAUCUUUCCGUUUCCUUUAUUUUCCCCUGCCUCUGUUAGUGGUUAACACUCUUUUCCCUCAGGGAGCCUAAUGAGGUUUUUAAUAUAAUCUAAAAAUAAAGCGCUGAAGUGAAGUUGGUGAAAAUUUGUUCCUAGUCUAAUUUGGCACCCUUCCAACCUGACUAUUGUAAGGGAAGGAAAUUUACAAGAUUAAAUAGGAAAUGAAACAGCUUGAAUUUCAAACUAAAUUGUGUUUGCAGAGCUAUCCUUAAACUGAACAGUCGAAACUUUUAAAAAUAAUUGUUAUUUCUUUGUGCCCCCCACUUAAUAGGGAUAGAUUUUAAUGGGAAAAUUAUAGCUCAGAUUAGGUAAAAAACGAUUCCCUUUUCCCUGGUGUACAUCUUAAGUAUUUGAAAUUGCUUAUGCUCUUAUUGAAAUCGUAUAGAAGGAAUGUAGUUCGUGAAAAUUCUAAUGCUGUUUUGUUUAAAAUACAUAUAGACUUCUCAACACACCUAGCAUCUUGCUUCCUUCCCAGCGUGAAAUUAGCAAGCUGUAAGAGAAAACUCCUGGUUCCAAGGGCUGGGCUCUUUACACUUGAAGGCAGUUUAACUUUGUUUCAUAUAUGUCCAGAUGGAUGGGGGUGUCUGGCCACUGCCCUGGUGUGUCCCUGACAUUCCCACUGCUGGGCCUCUAUCUCCAGGACAACAAAAUAAAAACAAAAGUUCCUUGACUCAUUACCGAAGAGGCAGUGCAAGUGUGGCCUUUUCUGUAUCGUUUCACCAAAAGAUGAUACAAACCUGUGACCUUCACAUUUUUCCAGCAAACCUGUCAGUCAGUGUUGAUGACUUCAUGGUGUCUGGGUGCACGGGGAAAGGCCGAGUGCUUCCGUGCCUCCUCUCAUUGGUGAGGCUUCUGGAUGCCUCUGAUCCUCUCAUGACAUUCACUGUAUUUAGCCUUGUGCUGUUGGUUUCUUGUCCAGAUUUCCCGUACUCCUUCCCAUAUGUAGAGAAUGAUUCUGUUUGGUUAUGGCCAUAUGUUUUAUUGAGAGAAUGAAUAACGUAUGGCUUGUGCAACACCGCUGUUCUUCACGCGUGUCUGGGGCCUCUUCUCCCCUCAUUUUCAUCAGUCUGUCUCAGAAAUUGACGUGGAACUGUUUCUCAUGUAGUAUCUUUUUAAUGCUUAACACCAACAGCAAAUUGCUAUCUAUCUCAGAUCCAUAAUCCAUACUCUAUGAAAAGAGGGGAAAAAAUGUUUUCAUUUAUUUUUUUGCUUCUGAAAUGCAAAGAUGAAUAUUAAAGUCAGAAACAGCAUUUUAUUUUGAACAUACUUUGGAUUGUUAACCUAAGCAAUGAUCUAAUAUGUAUUUCAUACAUUCUUUAUUGUCAUUUUUUACUGUGAGAUAAAGGCUAUAUUUCAAAGGAAUUGAGAUAUAGCCCAUCUAUAAAAAUCUUCUUUUGGUUCCCUUAUGACACAGGGCCAUUUUAAAAACUUGUGAGACUGAAAAGAAAAAUCAUUAAUUAGCUGCAAGUGUAUAUUGAUUCCUCUCAGAGUAAUUGAAAUAAGCUCUUUGCAGGUGUCCAAUCCUGGUAACCAUUGGUCUCUAGAACUCUCCUUUCACACAAGAGUUUUUCUGAUUCUAUGAUAACUAAUUAACUAUCAUUUGGUGAUUAAAAGAGCAUAAAGUAAGAGUAUGAUUAAGUGUCCUUCAUUUGAAACUCUCCGAAAAGUGAUUAGGGAGAAGCACCUACUGCAAGGCCUCCUGGCUCCAGUGAAACCUCCAGCAGCUGAAAGAUUUCCUUCCUCUAAAGUAGCGCACUGCCUUGUUGCCUGUUGACCAUUUUGUUUGGAGUGCCUGGCUCCUGUGACACACGAGCUUCCUGGAUGCCUCCCCGUGUCUGAAAGGAUCAAGCCUUUUAUAUGACAGGCUUGACUUCCUCCUGUAAGGGGGGCUGGUGUCCUUCUUGACGUUAUCAAUUUUCAUUGUUUUUAAA